ACCAAGAAGCUUAUGGGCUAGACACCCCGCCUUUCCAGUCUCCUAAGGGGGUGGGGUGAGGUUAGGCGGCCCCACCAGGAGGGAGAAGGGGUCGGUGUGGCGGCUCUGUCUCCCCGGGAAGUGGGGCCGCGCCAAGGCCAACGCGGGAAGGGGACAGGCCCUCCCUCCCGGCGCCUGCGGGGACCCCACGCCUGUGUCCGGAGGAGGCCGGCGUCCGGCAGAUGCACAGGGCGGGGGAGAGGCGGGGAGAAGAAAACCCACAACGAAACUUGCGUCGCCGAGCGCACGGCUCGACUUGAAUGGAAGGAGCCCGCGCCCGCUGAGCGCAGCAGACCCUCGGAGAGCGCGUUCCGCCGGCUGGGCGCGGCGCGGCGCGGCGCGGGAGCGCAGCAGGCACCAUGGCCCAGAGCAGGGCGCUGCUGCUCCUGCUGCUGUUGCCUCCACAGCUGCAGCUGGGACGGGCGCUGGCCGUGAGGGCCCCGGUGUUGGACCGAAGUGCCUCCCCCAGCCUGAGCCCCGAAGAGAAUGAAUUUGUGGAGGAGGAGCCGGUGCUGGUUCUGAGUCCCGAGGAGCCGGUACCUGGCCCAGCCACGAUGGACUGUCCUCGAGACUGUGCCUGCUCCCAGGAGGGCGUUGUGGACUGUGGGGGCAUCGACCUUCGUGAGUUCCCCGGAGGCCUGCCUGAGCGCACCAACCACCUGUCCCUGCAGAACAACCAGCUGGAGAAAAUCUACCCUGAGGAGCUUUCCCGGCUGCAUGGCCUGGAGACCCUCAACCUCCAGAACAACCGCCUGACUUCCCGAGGGCUCCCAGAGGAAGCGUUUGAGCAUCUGACCAACCUCAAUUACCUGUACCUGGCCAAUAAUAAGCUGACCUUGGCACCUCGGUUCCUGCCGAACACCCUAAUCAGUGUGGACUUCGCUGCCAACUAUCUUACCAAGAUCUACGGGCUCACCUUUGGCCAGAAGCCAAACUUGAGGUCUGUGUACCUGCACAACAACAAGCUGGCAGAUGCCGGGCUGCCGGACAACACGUUCAAUGGCUCCAGCAAUGUCGAGAUUCUCAUCCUGUCCAGCAACUUCCUACGCCACGUGCCCAAGCACCUGCCGCCCGCCCUCUACAAGCUGCACCUCAAGAACAAUAAGCUGGAGAAGAUCCCACCAGGGGCCUUCAGUGAGCUGAGCAACCUGCGUGAGCUGUACCUGCAGAACAACUACCUGACUGAUGAGGGCCUGGACAAUGAGACCUUCUGGAAGCUGUCCAGCCUGGAGUACCUUGAUUUGUCCAGCAACAACCUGUCACGGGUGCCCGCGGGGCUGCCGCGCAGCUUGGUGCUGCUGCACUUGGAGAAGAACGCCAUCCAGACGGUGGGCGCGGACGUGCUGACCCCCAUCCGCAGCCUCGAGUACCUGCUGCUGCACAGCAACCAGCUGCGUGCGCACGGCAUCCACCCGCUGGCCUUCCACGGCCUCAAGCGGCUGCACACCGUGCACCUGUACAACAACGCUCUGGAGCGCGUGCCCAGCGGCCUGCCGCGCCGCGUACGCACCCUCAUGAUCCUGCACAACCAGAUCACGGGCAUCGGCCGCGACGACUUCGCCACCACUUACUUCCUGGAGGAGCUCAACCUCAGCUACAACCGCAUCACCAGCCCGCAGGUCCAUCGCGACGCCUUCCGCAAGCUGCGCCAGCUGCGCUCCCUGGACCUCUCCGGCAACCGGCUGCAAACGCUGCCGCUCGGGCUGCCUCGCAAUGUGCACGUGCUGAAGGUGAAGCGCAACGAACUGGUCGCCUUGGCACGGGGGGCGCUGGCUGGCAUGGCCCAACUGCGUGAGCUCUACUUCACCAGCAACCGGCUGCGAAGCCGGGCCCUGGGCGCCCGCACCUGGACAGACCUUGCCCAUCUGCAGCUGCUGGACAUUGCCGGGAAUCAGCUCACCGAGAUCCCCGAUGGGCUCCCCGAGUCGCUCGAGUACCUGUACCUGCAGAACAACAAGAUUAGCACUGUGCCCGCCAAUGCCUUCGACUCCACACCCAACCUCAAGGGCAUCUUUCUCAGGUUUAACAAGCUGGCUGUGGGCUCCGUGGUGGAAAGCGCCUUCCGGAGGCUGAAACAUCUACAGGUCUUGGACAUAGAAGGCAACUUUGAAUUUGGUGCCGAUUCCAAGGACCGGGGACAGUUGGAGGAGGAAGAUGAGGAGGAUGAGGAAGAUGAGGAUGAGGAAGAGGACAGGCGAUAGUGACCAGGUGAACUGGACAUCGGAUGCUGGACCACCGGAUUCCCUCCGCAGCACGCGCCUGUGCGCCCCACUCUGCCGCCUCACAGACACAACCUCCCAAUGGCCUCACUCUCUGCCCCCCCUCGCUCCCCAUCUCCGCCAUCACUCCCUGGGAGUCGUGCAGACUUGGGAUCUGACCCUGCGGUGGCGUGCACACGUGCCUGCUCCCUGCUGGUACAUGGACACACAUGUGCAUGUGCACACACACACACACCCCUCAGUUGUGUGCAAACAGCCCUCUGUGGCCUGUGCCACCAGCAGGGUGUCCCAGUCAGAACUGGGUGCAACAGCUCAUCAUUUGCCCAUCUGUCCCCUGGAGAAGAAAUAGCGCUCUCUCUCUCUACCACCUCUGGAACUCACAAAAGCUGGCUUUUGUACUUCUCCCCUCGUGACGGGGGCCCUGGCACCGUCUGUCUGUCCUGCCUUUCAGUUGCUGGGGCAGUCACUGUGCGGGCCCCUCCUGUCCUGUCACCAGCUGGCAGUGGGGCAAGCCCCACUGAGGCUUGCUGGGAAAGUCUCCUGGGGCAGGAGUGCGUUGAGGUGUGGGCCAGGCUGGGCGAGAAGGCCGGCUCAGCUGUGCCACCAGGUUAAUUCUGUGAUUCUCUGGGCUUGUGGGGAGUUCUGGGUUUUUAUAAUUUUAUAAGAAAAAGAUUUAAAAUGUCAAAGCUGAUUUUUCUUGUUACAGAAAAACUAAUAUAAAGCAUUACCCCUGU